CUGUCCAACUCGGGCAAUGCCGCAUACUUGGAGACCUGCCUGGGCAUUGGGAGACCUUGCAAAAAUUCCUGCUAACAAGCCUGUGUCCCUUGAACACUUACUGCGCUUGGAGAUUGUUUUUAAUCAGCUGUGAGGCAUCUUUAACUCUUCAAAGAGAUCAGAUCCUUUUCUGUAGCUGCUGCUGAGAUGGUCAGGGCAGUAAAACCCAUUCUGCCUGUCACCUGAAACGCCUGAUGUUAUUUUUUUGUGGGUCUAACCCCGUGUAAUACCCAGACAAUUUUGUUGUUGUCUUUCUCCCGUUUAGCCAGAAGGAGAGUGGCGGAGUCAGAGUCUGAAAACAAGCUAGAUGGAGAGACAGCAUCUGACAGCGAAAGCAAAUCUGAAUUUGGAGGCUCGCCCCCGGUGCCGACAUCCGAUGACACUCCAGAGGUCCUGAACAGAGCUCUCUCCAACCUGUCCUCAAGAUGGAAGAAUUGGUGGGUAAGAGGCAUCCUGACGCUGGCGAUGAUCACCUUCUUCUUCAUCAUCAUCUACUUGGGACCCAUGGUCUUAAUGAUGAUAGUGAUGUGCGUCCAGAUCAAAUGUUUUCACGAGAUUAUCACUAUCGGCUACAACGUGUACCACUCAUAUGACCUGCCCUGGUUCAGGACACUCAGCUGGUACUUCCUGCUCUGCGUAAACUACUUUUUCUAUGGCGAGACCGUAACAGAUUAUUUCUUCACCCUGGUCCAGAGAGAGGAGCCCUUGCGAAUUCUCAGCAAAUACCACCGCUUCAUUUCUUUUGCCCUGUACUUAACAGGUUUCUGCAUGUUCGUCUUGAGUCUGGUGAAGAAACACUAUCGCCUCCAGUUCUACAUGUUUGGAUGGACCCAUGUGACGUUGCUAAUUGUUGUGACCCAGUCGCACCUCAUCAUUCACAACCUCUUUGAAGGAAUGAUAUGGUUCAUUGUCCCAAUUUCCUGCGUGAUCUGCAAUGACAUCAUGGCGUACAUGUUUGGCUUCUUCUUUGGCCGCACCCCGCUCAUCAAGCUCUCCCCAAAGAAGACCUGGGAAGGUUUUAUAGGAGGGUUUUUUGCCACCGUUUUAUUUGGAUUGCUGCUGUCUUACGUGAUGUCUGGGUACCGGUGCUUCACCUGUCCGGUGGAAUUCAACAAUGACACCAACAGCUUCACGGUGGACUGCGAGCCGUCCGAGCUGUUCCAGCUACAGGAGUACAACAUCCCCGUGGUGCUGCAGUCCGUGGUUGGCUGGAAGACAGUCCGGAUGUACCCCUUCCAAAUCCACAGCAUCGCGCUGUCUACUUUUGCCUCCCUCAUUGGGCCGUUUGGAGGCUUCUUUGCUAGUGGAUUUAAGAGGGCCUUCAAAAUCAAGGACUUUGCCAACACAAUCCCUGGCCACGGAGGUAUCAUGGACCGCUUUGACUGUCAGUACCUGAUGGCCACCUUUGUUAAUGUGUACAUCGCAAGCUUUAUCAGAGGUCCUAACCCAAGCAAACUGAUCCAGCAGUUCUUAACCCUGCGGCCAGACCAGCAGCUCCACAUCUUCAACACGCUAAAAGCGCACCUUGUCGACAAGGGUAUGUUAGCUAGUUUGGAGGACGCAUAGACACCCAGACAAUUGGAACAGAACUGAAAAACAGACAAGUCUCCCCAAGGAAAUUCCUGGCUUGCCUGAUUUGAGACAAUAACAAGGCCUCAUUUCACUGUAACUUUUCUUCCUUUCUUGGUAAAUGUUUGCAUUUGUGGGGUUUUUUUUAUAAUAUAUUUAUAUAGCUUUGGUUAAAAUCAGCAAAUCUGAGUUUGUAGCUGGAAAGGAGUUAAGGCUUGGAAGGACUGUUGGGUGAAAUAGCAAGGUACAGCUGUUCUCCUGGGUCUGUUCUUAGGCUUGUGGGCAGAGCCUAACGUUUCCUUUGAGUGUUGCUUAUGCAGGGAAUGCACAAAGUGUCAUCUGCGCAGCAUCCUCUGCAUGCGUCGGAGCCAACAGGGAAAGUGAAGUCUUGCAGCUCCCCAGCUUCCUUCCUCCUCCCCUCUCCGCUCACGACGGGCCCCGAUGCUCUCCUGGUGGUAACUGUGAAUGAACAUGUUAAUUUUCCCAGAAAGCCCGAGGCUCGAUUAAUUGGAAGAGGACCGUGCGCUAGUCUAGCCACGUCUCCCCUGCCCAGGCAGGCGCAGGCAUCUAUUUUGACUUGCUGGUUUUCUCUGCGCCUCCCACGUUCGCCCUUAUGGCAGGUGUUUUGGCGAAUCAGAUCUUUUUUAACCAAUUAAACCACAAACAGACUACAGUAAAGGCUUUGCAUUGAGCACAAGGAAUCAAGAAACUGGUCGUUGCUGUAGGAAUGUGGGAGGUCCAAAUUGCUUCAAAAUUGAAUCAGAUAAAUAGAUAUUUUAAAGAACAUUAAAAUUUCACUGAGUAAAUCCUACCAAGCAAGAACAACUGUUUAAAUAACUUGGCUCAUUUUUUCUCCUCAUGUAACCUUUAAGAAAGCAACGUUGAACCACACUUUAUUUCUUGAUGGUUGGAAACGCUACACCGAGAUAUUUUAACUGAUGUGGAGAGCAAGUUUCCAACGUAGUUUCUUUUCUGACAUUUGCAAGCUGGGGCUCCGGCACCCCGCUGGUGCUGUCAGUUGUUUUUUUUUUUUCUUUCAGGGAUCAUGUCUCUCACCUGUUUGUUACUUGAGUUCUAGAUGUCGUGCUGCUGAGUUUAUCAUGGUCUGUGUUGCAUUUCAGUCUGGCUUUGGUUACCUGCAGGCUGCUGUCCUGCUUUGCUUACUAAAUCUUGUCAUAAAUAGGUUGCACUUAAUAGUUGGAAGUUUUAUCUGAGUACUUUCCUUUAUUUUGUCAUACUUUUUUAUUAUUUAAAAAUGAAAGCCCUAAAGAUUGUAAAACUUUUUUUUUUUGUGAUCAGAUAUUGAAAAUAUCCCCAGUUUAUACUAGAUCUUACGCAAUGUUCCCAUGUACAAGGUAUCUCUGAUUUUACUUCUUUCCAUAGUUUGUGCAGGAGAGAGAGAAACUUUACCUUAUUUUAACCUGGCGAACGAGUGACAGGGAAAGAUAAUACAGAAGUACAUUGGUGUUUUCAAGCAGUUGCUGACAUGAACCUUUUACACACGCAUACAGAGACACGUACGCCCCACAGGCUAGCUAACCAUCGAUGCAGAAUAAAACACCUGAAAAUAUUUCGUAGCUCACGCUCCAUAUUCUGACACUGCCGUUGCUUUCAUUUACCUUGAGAAAGCGAGAGAGAGCGUGCGCGUGUGAGUGUAAGUGUAUUCAUAGAUACCAGUCUCUCUCUCUUAUAUUUCUAUGUGACUCUGUGUGUGUUGUAAGCACUGCUUCAUCUUCCUGCCCAGGAACCGCAGAGCUGCGGCGUGCAUCCAUUGCACUGCAAACACCGGUGUCUGAUCAGCAUCUGCUUCAGGCUGCGAUUCACAGCGAUUUGUCUGAGUAAAGCUGGGCAGAGCGAGGGCUGGGGCCGCGUGCGAGGAGUGCCGGGGCUGGGAAUACACGUGGAAAUGCCAGGGUUUUCGGCAGGACCUGAAAAGUAGCUUGUCCCGCAGUCGGACAAGCUGGUGCUUUUCUGGAUUUUCCCUGCCUGAUGCCAACAUCUGCCAAAUUCCCUUGUACCGUGCUGUUGGGUCGUAAAUCAGUCACCAGAAGAAGCUGCAGUGUUGGUAAAUACUACAAAAGCGUGUUGCUCUUUAUAAUAGGACAUUUUUCAUAUGGGUCUCUAGUGUUCUGCUCUUCUUGCUUUAAAUCUUUUGUACUUCUUAUUGUAGUUAGUGGGGCAAAAAAACUCCAAACCCAACACAAAGCACUGCAUACUUUUGAUCUGGAAUAAAAUCUGGGCCUUUUUUAAUGGUGUAGUGCUGGAUGCAGACACUGGAGGGCAAAGCAGUUGCGUUUGGUGGCUCCAGAGGGUUGGGAGAGCAGAAAUAGCGGUAGGCAUGUGGGUGGCUUUGCUGAUGAGCCCGCAGCUUUCUUUUUUUCUCCUUUCUCUUCCUUCCUAGCAGUGAAGAGUAAAGCUAGUGUAAAGGGUUUAGCAUCCCACACUGAUGUUUACUGAACUUAACGGGAACAGUGCAUCCAUUUGAGAAGGGGAGAGAGACUGGGACGUUAGGUUAUCCGCCGGCUCUGCGGCAGGAGCUGCCUGUUGCUCUGUGGUGCCGAGCACGUGUGCGGGGAUGCGCAGGCAGGCAGAGCUUGUCAAGCUUUGCAAAACCUGAGCCCUGCUGCAGCCCGCGUGGGACGGUAGGUUGGGAGAGAGGCUUACGGAGCUAGCGUGACCGGAGAGGCCGACCCGACCCCAGGGACGUCCAGGCGGCGUGGGGCUGUUCGCGUGAACUCGCUCCGGCCGCGUGGCUCGACUGCCCUGCGGGCUCGGCGUUACCUGAGGUUUUGGCUUGCUGGGGAAGUUCCUCCUGCCUGGGCCCAGCGGGAGGGAAAUCAGGUGUGGGAAUGGAUGGAGAGGGACCGAGCGCUUUUAAUAAGCCGGGGAUGGCACGUAGCUAGAAAGCUGCUUUUCUGCAGCGCGGCGAGCUGGCUGUCCCGGUGGAGUGGCUCUGAACGUUGAUGGCAAGUUUGCUGGUGGGUGAAGGCUGUUCAGUGGCGUGGUCUGGGCUCUGCUCUGAUCUGCAGCCUGCACAGGCAGGGCUCUGUUAGACGUGUCUAGACAAACUCUCGGCAUGCCCAGAUGGGAAUUAGCUUCUCUGUCUUCGCUCGUGGCCCAAAUUAGUCUGCAAAUUGGAUGCGCAGCCAGACUGUGGCCUGCACUGCUCAGCACAACGUUAAAACCUGGUUGCUGCUUGUGGUGUCAUGUUCCGUGCCCAUCGCCGUCUAUUAUUUAGAUAAUCUCUGUGGCAAUGGGUCUGCUGUCACGGACGCGAAGGGGCAGCUUCUGCCAUGGGACUUUACGCGAGUGGAGCAAAGCCCGUAGCAUCGGCUAGUGCUUGGCGCCAGGUUGGGAACUGCCACUGUCGUAUACUUCAAGGUAGGGCUCCUGUUUCAUCAUGAAAAGUAUCACGAGAUCGCCUGUGGUCCCUGCCCGCUGUGCCAGCCCCAGAGCUGCAUUUUGUACUGCUGUAAUCUUUGUGUGUUCCUGUUCUCCAGAUCUGAUGUGUUCAUACCAUCCGCUUCUUUCUCUGUGCAUCGUUCUUUUGAUUAAUGUUUUAGCUACACAUGUAGAGUUGCCUUUCUUUGACUGAAUGUCCGAAUGUGAUAUAUUGUAUAUUUUAAAGUAUUUACCCUAUUUAUAUACUAUAUGUUACUGUUAAAUAAAUAUAAGUUCCAUUA